AUGUUCAAUACCUUCGGUGUGAUGGGUAAGCGUGGGAGGCAUAAAGACUACAGGUGGCGGCAGCUGGAGCAUGAGCCUGGUAGCCAGCUGGAGGGCUACAGGAGCCAAGAUACUCGACACCAUCUGGCCGAGGCCGUCGUUCGAUCUCAAGGGAAGGACGGUCAGGAUGAGCUGCCUCAGAGUGAGUUCGAGGCGAUGAAACCCACCGUGUUCGAGUUCCCUGAAGGAGUCGGCGCAGGAGGUUUGGCGAGGGCGUCGGGUUACGCUGCCGUCCUCGUGAGGGAGUUCCAGCAGCUUCUCAACUUCAGCGACGUCCUCGUGCCCACCAACACCUUCGGGUCCGAGAAGCCCAACGGGUCGUGGACGGGCAUGGUCGGCGCCCUCACCCGCUUUGAAGCGGACUUCGCGCCCCUGGACUUCACCCCCGUGUACGAGAGGGCCCUUGCGAUCGACUUCAGCGUCAUCUACAACACCGACAACGUCAUCAUCCUCACGAAGGCCCCGUCGGUCGCCAUCAGGCCCUUCCUUCUGCUGCAGAUUUUCUCGCCCUUCGUGUGGCUGAGCCUUUUCAUGGGGACCGUGACAACCGGGGCGGUGGUCGGGUGGCUACUGAGGGCGCGGUCGAUGCUGGGCCUGAAGAAGGAACCAGAUCUUCGAAGUGUUCUAGCCUACUGUGCGGCGUCCCUCAAGAUGAUUGUCUUCAACGAGCUCAUACAUAGUUCCAGCAGCACCUGGUGGCCGGUGUGGACGGGCGGGCGGAUCGUGAGCGGUGCCGUCAUGUUCCUCGCCGUCAUCGCAGGGGCGCUCUACGGGGGCUCCAUCACCGCCUUCCUCGCUAUUCCCUUCAGAACGAAACCGCUCAACUCUCUUGAGGAUCUUCUGGCGAGCGACACCCUCCCUGCUUUCCGAUUCGGCGCAAGUCCGUAUAAUUUCUUUGUGAAACAGACCGAGGGCGUGCUGGGUGAUGUCAGCCAGAGAAUGAGGAUCUUCACGGGCGAGGAGACGGCCGAGUGGAGUUUCAUGAAGACGGUGGCAGACGGCACGCACGCCUUCAUCGACACCUGGAGCUCAGUGGUGGGUCGCGCCAACCUGUUCGAAGAGAGGGGACAGCCCUGUCGCUUCCACCUCGGCCGCAACCCCGUUAGGAUGGACUUGGACGCUUUCGGUUUCCCCAAGAACAGUCCCAUUAAGUACCAGUUUGAUGAGAUCAUGCGUUGGUUUAGGAGUUACGGUAUUAUCCAGAACAUUAUGAAGAAAUAUUAUGCCAAAUCCUGCGAUCUCUUGCACAAAGUUGAUGGCCCGCGCCCUCUCAGUCUUAUACAGAUGCAAGGGGCCUUCUACGUGAUGGCGGUGGGAAUAACCGUGUCCUUCGCGGCUUUCGUGGGAGAAUUCAUCCCGUCCAGAGUAACAAACUUCGAUGGUAUCGUGUUUCGUAGCGACUGUGAAACAACUUGA